CUUCCAACAUAGUUCCCUGCAGAGUUGCCAGGGUGGUUCAAGUUGGAAUUUUCUGUCAGUCGACGACAACUUAAAAAAAAAAAGAAGAAACAGUACCAUGGGAAACAACUUUCUUAUUUGGAUACUCGUACUUUGCAUGUUUUAUAAAGUGUCAGGAGAAGGUUGCUCCCUUAUUCUCAAGCCAUCCAGGGUUGUGGUGGGCUUCGGGGAGUCGGUGACGGUCAGCUGUGAAGCCACACGCCCAGUUCGUGUCCUGGGCUGGGAGUCGGCCAUCGGUGCGGUGCACACGCAGGAGGACCGGUCUGUCCAGUGGAAGGUAGACAGCCUUAUUGAGUGGAUAGAGGAGCCCAUCUGCUAUGGGGUUUUUUUCACAGCUCCGAGACAGUGUGAGGAGAAACUCAACCUUGUUCUUUACAAAACUCCAGACAGCAUUUCCAUCAGGCAGGCGAACCACACUGGCCCCAUGGUGGAAGGAAAAGAGUACCAGCUGCUCUGUGAGGUUCAGAAUAUAGCUCCUGUUCAGUACCUCACACUGAGGUGGUACCGAGGUCAGACUGAGGUCUAUCAGCACUCCUUCUCUGACCUCACAUCUUCUUCCCCCGUACAAGUGUCCUCUAUCCUCGUCAUCACGCCAACAAAAGCAGAAAACGAUGCAGAGUAUAAGUGUGUUGCGGAGCUGGACCUUGGACCAGAGGGACCGCAGCCGCCUCCCACUCUGGCCUCAGAGCCCCUCGCUGUGUCCGUAUACUUUCCCCCAACAUUUCUAAGUCCUGAAACAGAGGUGUUAGACUUUACAGCAGGAGCUGAAGUCAUCUUAAACUGCACAGCCAUGGGAAACCCUGGGCCUGUAUAUAGCUGGCAGUCCAUCCAUCCCACAGAAGAGAAAAUGAAAGCAGAAGCUGUUAUUACUUCCUCCUCGCUGCUCCCAGGCACUUACACAUGCACUGCCUCAAACACGCUGGAAAAAAAGAGCAAGCAGUUCAUUAUCAAAGAAAAGAUCAAAGGUGUUUGAAGCCUGCUAUUUUACAACGGAUCAGUUGGCGCGCUGUCUGACUCACAGG